CUCAUGUCAAACUGUUCGCGUGCAGACUCAAGAAGCGACGACGUUUAAAGUCUUCGAGUACCAGACGAGUUUGUUUACAACAUUUAUAUCCAAAGUAUAAAUCGUUUAUUCGUGUAAAUAACGUUCCUUACUCCUUUUCGAUCGUCAAAAAAAACAUCUCUCCCGAAUCGUCGCAGGACCCGUGAACGCGGAUAUGAAAUUCAAAGCCUCCGGGAUGUUGCGCGACGUUUCGCAUUACGUUCCCAUUGUUGGAAUUCUUUACGUCACAACUCGAUGGACACCGUUAAUUAAACUCAAUAAAUAAACAAGCAAAUUUAAUCACCUUUCUCAACAUGGAAGAGUCGAAUAUAGAUCGACCGAGAGACGUACAUUAUUUUCGCGACACCCUGUAUAGGUGGCGCCGGUCAUGUGCAGACGCACGUGGAUGCAUGAUGCACCGGAUGUACCAUUUUCAAUCGCCUUCGUUGAGCCACCGGGUCAGUUUCGAACAGAUCGAAUGAAAGUACUGAGAUUCACAUGGUGCGAGAAAGAAUGAAUGACGAGAAUGCAAACUGCGCCCAUGACGGCGAGGAAUAUGCACAAUUGUCACUGCUGCAACUCCCGGUGGAGAUGUUCCUGCAUAUAUGUUCUUUCCUAGAUGCGUCGACGCUACACGGUUUAAGCUUAGUGUGCAAACAGUUCUACCUGAUUUUAAAGGAUGCAGACUCACUGUGGAAAGCGCGAAUUGACCACAUAUGGCCGAAUGCUACCCACUCGCUUUUGCGUUCCGCGAAACCCGACAAACUGUUUUGGAUGUCGUCAUGCGUUGCGAUCGAGAAACAAAUAGCGCUAUGGAAACAGCAGGAUUCUAUGGUGAAAUUGAGAAAAAUAAACCCACAAUCCAUCCGUCCUGUGUUACUGAUGCAUGAUGCAACCGCCUGUGUUGGCGCAACACGGAAAAUUUUGUUUUACUCGAAACUGCCCUCCCGCGAGGAAUGCUCUGAUGAAAUCCGGGACAUCAGAGGCAUCGAUUCCGGGCAUUACGACAAUAUCUGUGAUCUGACGGCGAUAGACAACACGAUCUACAGUUGCUGCGGUGACAGUGUGAAGUCGUGGAUGCUCACCAACACCGGUCUCGUCCAUCAGAGAACCUACGACGACAUACGAAUGCUAUAUAGUUGGACGUGUGUGUCAUCGUGUCCGGAGCGGGGCCUCUUUGCGAUCGGCUCAAACUACGAAAUAUACGUGUUCGAUUCGAGAGAGAUUAAUAAGCCGAUCAACCAGUACCGACCCAACAAUACUACGAUGACUGCGCUAAUAGCCAUGAACACGGAAUACAUCCUGUCCGCUAGCUAUGACGGGAUGGUAUCCGUUUGGGAUCAGAGAGCCGGUCGGAUCAUGAAUUCUAUCACAAUUCCAGGUGAAAGAGCGUAUCCCAUAUGCGUGAGUAUGCGACGGGAUAAUUGGGUUUGCGUCGGGGACUCCAAGGCGAAGUUGCACAUGCUAGAUCCAAAGAACGAUUUUGAGCUAGUGAAAUCUUAUUCCACCGAGCAUACGAACGGGAUAACGGGGGUGCGUCUGAUGCACGGAUGCUUGAUAACGAGUUCCCUAGACGGCACCGUCAGAAUUUCGAGCCUUACGGAUCCGCCAAGGCCCAUCGCUACUUUA